UAUAAAUAAAUGAAUGAAAUUAUUGAAUAGAGUAAUGAUUAUUAUGAUAGUUAAAGUUAAGAACUAGCUUAAGAAAAUAUAAUAGAUAAAAAAACUAAAAUAUUAAAAAGAUAUAAAGAUAUAAUAAAUGAUUAAAAUGAAUUGUUAUAAGUUUAAGACUUAGGAAAUAUAAAUCAAGAAAAAAAUAUUAUAUUGAAAAUUUUAAAUGAUUAAAUAGAAAGUUAAGAAUAUAAUAUUUUUUCUGUAUAAAAUAAAUAUAAUAAGCAAUAGGAAUUAAUUGAAUAUUAAAAUGAAAUUAUUAAAUCUUAAGAAUAGUACAUUGAAAAAUAAUUAAAUUAAUCUUUUAAUAAUAGACUUUACAAAAGUUCACAAAAAUAAAAUAAUAGUUAAUUAUUAAAACAAAGCUAAAAUAAUAGCUAAUUAUUAGAAAAUAUUUAAAAUUUAAAUAAUUAAUAGGAAAUAGUUGAGAAUUAUUAGAAAAUUUUAAACUAAAAAAAUAUAAACUCCUUUUAAGAAUAAAAUUCAGUUUUAUUUGAAAAAAUAAAAUAAGUAAAAGAUAAAUUAAUUAACGAAAGUAAUAUAUAGAAUAAAAACAAUUUAUCAAAUGAAGAAAUAAUAAACUUUUAACAAAAAAUUAUUUAAAUUUAAGACAAUUUUAUUUUAAAAUCUAGAGUAUAAAGCCGCGUAAAUUCAGAAAAAUCUUCUUCUUUAUAAAAUACUCCUAAAAAUUCUAAUUUGAAUAGAAAAAUAUUUCCUUUUUAUAAUUAAAUUUAAGUAAAUACUGAUAUAGUAUUAGAAAGUAAAGAAGAAUAAAAUAAAUUAAUCCAAUA